AUGUCGGGGCGCGGCAAGGGCGGCAAGGGGCUCGGCAAGGGCGGCGCGAAGCGCCACCGCAAGGUCCUGCGCGACAACAUCCAGGGCAUCACCAAGCCGGCGAUCCGGAGGCUGGCCCGGAGGGGCGGCGUGAAGCGCAUCUCGGGGCUCAUCUACGAGGAGACCCGCGGCGUGCUCAAGAUCUUCCUCGAGAACGUCAUCCGCGACGCCGUCACCUACACCGAGCACGCCCGCCGCAAGACCGUCACCGCCAUGGACGUCGUCUACGCGCUCAAGCGCCAGGGCCGCACCCUCUACGGCUUCGGCGGCUGA